ACAAAUUAUAUAGUCUACAACACUCCACCAAACUUGCAGAUCUACCAACCUUAGUUUUUGCUUCCUCCAAAAACUUAGAAGCUAUCUAGUCUUCAUCAAGUACCCAAUAUUUUCCUUCCCUUCAUGUCUAAGCAUCAAAAUGCUAUCAUACAUUACCUUCAACUCUCUACAUCUCAACUCACUCCUUCUUUUCUUCUUCCAACUUAAAAAAACCCACCAAAAUAUAACCUUCAAAACUCCAACCCCAAUCUCCAUCAUUUCCAUUCUUUCAAACCCAAGAAGAGCAAAAUAGAAAAGAAAAUUUUAAAAAAGGGAUCUUUUCUUGAACCAGAAAAACAUGAGUAGGCCUAAAACCCACCAAAUCCCAAACCUUAAGCUUCUCCUUUUCGGCAUUUUUCUUGCUUUCUUGUUACUUUUUCUGUUAAGAUCGAACAUAUCAUCCUCUUCCUCGAAUUCUGAUGGAAGCCCAUCUCCCAUUUUAAGCACCAUUCAAUCAAAAACCUCAAAUCCUGAAGAACCAAAUCCAAGAAACUGCUCUCCAACUUGCACCAAGAUCCCAAGAUCUUUAGCUCAAGCUCUAAUUCAUUACAGUGCCUCAACUAUUACACCACAACAAACAGUAAAAGAAAUUUCAGUAACAGCAAAAAUUCUAGAAAAGAAAUCACCCUGCAAUUUCUUGAUUUUUGGUCUUGGCCAUGAUAGUCUAAUGUGGAGUACGCUUAACUAUGGUGGAAGAACUAUCUUUCUCGAAGAAGAUGAAUCUUGGAUUUCACAAAUUAAGAGAAGGUUCCCUAUGUUAGAGUCAUAUCAUGUGACUUAUGACAGUAAAGUGAAUCAAGCUGAUAAUUUAAUAGAAGUAGGGAAAGGACCAGAAUGCAUAGCAGUAGGUGACCCUAAAUAUUCAAUGUGUCAGCUUGCUUUAAAAGGGUUACCAAGUGAAGUUUAUGAAAUAAAAUGGGAUUUAAUAAUGGUUGAUGCACCUACAGGGUAUUAUGAAGAGGCACCAGGAAGAAUGACUGCUAUAUAUACAGCAGGUAUGAUGGCCAGGAAUAAAGAAGAAGGAGAGACUGAAGUUUUUGUGCAUGAUGUCAAUAGAGAAGUUGAAGAUAAAUUUUCUAAGGCAUUUCUUUGUGAAGGGUAUAUGAAGAAACAAGAAGGGAGGUUAAGGCAUUUCACUAUUCCUAGUCACAGGGAUGGCUUGGAAAGGCUCUUUUGUCCAGAAUAGGUUUUAUUAUAUUUUUCUGUUGUUUCUUAUUAUGAUUUUUUUCUUCCCAUUAUUAUUGCAUUUCUUUCUCUGCUUGCCAAUUUUUGUCCAUCUUUUAGAGAAAACUUUGAUCUCAUUUUGGCUCCGGUGGCCUGGGGGGGUGAGUUGAUGCUAUGGACUAUGUUCUUGAGUAUUACCGUUACUCUGAUCAACAAAUAUUUGAAGUUUCAACCAUAACUUGUAUCAACCCAAAAGAAAUUCAAAAAAUUUCAAUCGAUUGAUGGAUUUUCGAUAAUUUUUCAGUA